AUGCAGCUAGAAGCAUAUAUUCGCCUCCACCAGCACAAAGUUCCGUACAUUGCGACGCCAAUUGCCGGCGGUGAUGUCGAUGGACAGUGCACAAUCAGUCAAAAAUAUAUGACGCAUCUUUCGGAGGAGUGGCGCCCUUCGAAACGGGUCCACAUUCGCCUCGUGACAAAGGAGGUGGGCAGGCUGCUUGAGACGUACAAGGACUCAGUCGAGCUGCUAGAGGUCUGCACGUGUGCUUAUGUUGCUCAUAAGCGAGCGUGGGAGAACGCCAACAUUCUUCAUCGCGACGUGAGUGUAGGGAACAUCAUGAUCGACAGUGAGACGGGGGAGGGAUUCCUGAACGAUUGGGACCUGUGCAAAUAUCGGGAAGAUAUGGCAGUCAAUCGUGCUGCCUCUGAGCCUUCCGGUGUUUCCGGAACUUGGGCCUUCAAGUCUGCGCUGGCCCUUCGGUAUCCUCGGAAGCCUCCAGAACUGGCGGACGACCUGGAGUCCUUCAUCCAUGUCAUCACCUUCUUUGGCUACCGUUUUCAUCACCACGAACUGUCCUCGGAACCUACGGACGACACAGAAGACGCGUGUGUCACGGCCAACGCCAACAACCCCGAACUUAUGGGCCUAAUCAGCGUGUUCUUUUAUCACCAGAAAAAGGUCUGCAACGGCUACUACAAGGGAGGUGGCUUGAAAUACCAUUUCAUUCUCAGCGGAAAGCCCCCCGUCGCGUUCGAACCGCUCAAGAAUGGUCAACGCUCUCUCAUCGAAACGUUCCUCUUCCGAGCAUACAAGCUUCUUCAAGAACAUUACUGGUCACUGGACGAGUCGGAGUACGAGGAGUACGCGGUACAAGAAGGCGAUUGCGCUGCUCUGGAUGAGGUCGACAUCCCACUUCCUGGAGGAGCUCCGCCGCGGGUGUCCGGUAUGCUCGAGCCUCCUACCGGCCCCUACAAGAUGCUCUGGGGGGACCUCGCUUCGGAUAUCAAGGAGAACAACGGGGCCUUCUGGACGGAGUCCCUGUUGCAGAAACCGACUUGUCCUUUCGACGAUCCGCAGCCAGUGCUUGGGGAUCACAAGAAGCUGGGCAUGCUCUUUCUCAGGUUCGCCGUGGACGAACGCGGCAAUAGCGUCGAUCUCGACUCCUUCAGGAACGACAAACGCUUCGACCAGUUCCUCAGCUGGAAGAUGAUAUGUUACCUCAACCGAAAGGGUAAGACCGGGCAGUGGAAGGGAAAUUCUUCCGAGGAAGAAUCGAAACUGAAGCGCAAACGUGAUCUUGAGGACACUGGAGAUGAUGACGAGGCCGCGACUCCGGCGAAAAGGCAUGCAACCAUACGUACCGACGGACCGAUAACUCGGGCACUUGAAAAGGCUGAGAAGGAAGCGGCGCAAGCGAAAGUAGUAGCCCAACAGCAAUCAGCACUUCCCCGGCUGCCGACGGCACAGAGACAGGCGGCGAGUCGCAGAGCUACCACGGACGCGAAGACGGCUCCUACUCGAAAGUCCGCCGAUUCUCGGCCGAAGAAGGAAGCGGAUGACUCGUUAAAGACGUCUUCUAAGGCAAAAAAGGCCGCCAAAUCCCAGCGGACGAAGGCUGCGGUCAAGACAUCCGCGUCCCGCAAAGCGCAGGCCAUGCGGAAGCCUUCCGAUCCUCGGCGACCGGCCACUCUUACAACGGGAGCUGCGAAGAAAGCAACCGUCACGGCUUCGAAAACCAAGGCGGUAUCACCGCCUGCUCCUACACGACGAUCUGAACGGCUAGCCCGCAAGACUUAA